AUGGAUAUUGAAGAUGAAGGCCAGGCUAGGGAGAAGUUUUUGAAUGUGUUUCCCCAGGUGAAAGUGGAGCUUGAGGGGUACAUAAGAAGGCUCCGUGAGUGUGCAGAUGAGGUUGGCCGGGUCCACAAGGGCUGCACCAUCACCAAUAUAGUAGCCAGCUCCACUGGUGCUGCGACUGGCCCUCUGGGCAUUCAUGGUCUGGGUCUGGUACCUGUCAUAGGGGGUCUCAGUCCGGAAACCUUGGUAGCUGGAGUGGGAGGCUCACAUGAGUCGCCUGCAACUGCCGAGGCCACUCUUGAUAAAGAGGAGGUAGUUGCAAAGGUUCUGCAUGAAAACUGGUCCAGUAUUUCUUCCUUAGCUGUUGAUACCAUGAAAGUCCUGGCUCGCGCUGCAAGAGAUAUUCGUAACCUCAGGCUAGGCCGCUUCACCUGUCAACCGGUAGUCAUGGCCGCAGGCCUCCUGACAGCGAACAGAGCCUUAGGUCUAGGCUGGGCACAGGUGAAGAGAGUUGUUAGAGGCACUCUUCGGGCAAUAGUCAGAGGAGCCCGGGUCAUAGGUAUGGCCAGCCUUGGUCUCUUCGUUUUGAUGGAAGCAGUCAGCCUUGUGUUCAAGUCAGGGAAUUUGCAUGAGGAAGCAAAGACAUGGUCAGCUGAAAGUAUGAGGGAGGAGGCCCAGGAGCUGGAUAGAAAGUUGGAAUUGCUCAUAAAGAUCUAUGAGAGUCUGAAGUAG